UGUAAACGCCGCCAUAGUUGAUAUUUCUCCGAUAGAAUAUUAAUAGUGGCAUAAGUUUUCGCGGUUAAAAGUAUUUUUAUUUAUUGACUGAAAAACAAGAAUGCGUCCUACAAGCACGUGAGACGAGGUCAUUCAAGAUAAACCUGGGAUCCGUAGGAAGAAGGAGGGUGUCUACUUUCACAGCUCGUGGUUUUCAGGAGAGUGGCCUGGCAUCGCGGCGCUUCGAGUUAACGUGUGACCACCGUCGGGUGGCUAUGUACCGUUAGCUCGAAUUCAUUCCCCGUUGGUCGGCUCAAGACCCACGCUUACCUACCGACCGGGGCCAUACUCGAUCGAACUCGACUGUCGUAAACCCGGAAAUGAGUGCGCGUCGCGGCUUGCCGUUACCGCAGAAAAGCUGCCAGUAGUGCGUGAAUUUAUCACGAGUCACAGCUCGUCCAUUGCCAAAGACCCGUUCGUUUCAAUGUACGUCUCGUAUGACGUGUGCGCCGUAAGCACUAGUCGCGGCUAGCCAAAAGAGCCGUGGCACGGCGAACGUGUACGUAGAAAUGAGAAAGUUGCUGCCGCCGCGGUGAAGAUUGAGAACGACGCAGACGAGCCAGCCAGGCGGACAGUCGCUGUACUACGUGAAGGUGUUCCGACACAACGUUCAUCAGACGUAGCAGUACGUUGAAAGGAGUGCACAAGGGAGUCACAGUUGCGCGUGGAUUUAAUUAUCGUGGAAGAUGAAUUUCACACCCUUUCCCGGCUUUCCGGCAGGCUCGCUACCGACGGGCACGGUUCACCAGUUCGCGACCGCUAAGUUCGCCCAGAAUCUGCCAACUGGGGGACAGGUGGUCGGCGUCUUAUCGGGCGGCGAAGGUGGUGUUCAUUAUCUGAGGCCGGUCGAUCCGAACGGUUUCGCCGUGGCUCAAGGGGGUAACAACCAGCAGCAGCAGAUUAUCACGCUGCCCAUCACCGUACCCGGAAAAGAUGGCACGCAGCAGCAGCAAACCGUUCAAAUCCAGGUGGUCAAUCCCAGCGUGUCGCAGAGCGGGAACAGCGGUGACCAGCCGAAAUAUCACUUGGCCCCGAUUUCGUUGGGACAGUUCCCCCAGGGUGCCGCGACAGUGCUCACUGUCGCGUACAGUCAACAAGGCGCGGAUGGGGUGCAGAUUCAAGUACAGCCACAGAACACCGUGGCCACAACGCAAACAUCGGAUCAAACUACCCAAAGCACAUCCACAGCAGUCACCACUACAUCCCAACAGACUAUUCAGCAGACUGUGCAGCUUCCUGGUGCACCAGAAGGUUUAACUGUGGUAGCACAAAUUCCACAGGAUUUGAUUUUACGUGAGGGUAUGGAAGAAUCGAAGGAGGAUGUAAAGGAGGGAACAACACCGGUAGCCCUUAUAAAAAGAGGUAGCAUUAAGAGCCAAGGAAAUCAGAGUGGAGAAGAAUUUAUUACUUCUAUGCCCGCUAGUUGGCAGAGCCUUGCAACUCCAGGAUCAACUGUCGCAGAUUAUCUAUCCAGGUUGCCUGCCAGUACCUUGCCUAUUAGUUUACAGCACUUCCUAAAAUUUUCGGCGGAGACAAUAAAAAGAGAAGCCACUAUUGAAUCAAGUCCUUUAGGGGCUGAUGGUUUAGAUGUGUCUGGAAAUGCUACAUCAGGAGAACAAGCUGUACAGAUUACAGUCGCUGGCGGGGAAACGGCAAUCAUUCCUGAUGUUGUCGAGGAACAGGAGCCUGGAGCAAAACCCAAGAGGAAAAAGAAAUACAAGAAAAAGCCUCCAAAACCAAAAAAGCCAAAACCAGGACAAGUGAGCAUAGUAACUGCCCUUGAUGGUACAACACUAUUCUGUUGUCCACAGUGUAACAUGGCUUAUCCUGAGAAAGAACUUUUGGAACAGCAUCUUAUCGGGCAUAAGAUAGAAAGGAGGUUCAUAUGUGACAUUUGUGGUGCAGGUUUAAAGCGUAAAGAACACUUAGAACGACAUAAAUUAGGCCACAAUCCAGAUAGGCCUUUUAUCUGUUCUGUUUGCAUGAAGGGUUUCAAACGAAAAGAACACUUGAAUCUUCAUUUUGUUAUACAUUCUGGACACAAGACCGAAGUUUGUACCGAAUGCGGUAAAGCAUUUUACCGCAAGGACCAUUUGAGGAAGCAUGCCAGGUCUCAUUUGGCGAAACGUAUUAAAGAGGAUCCUUUAAAUACGACUGAUGCUUCCCAGAAUCCCCAACAGCAAACAGAACAACAACAGCAGGCUGAACAGUUGCAACAGCAGGCUGAACAGUUACAACAGCAGGCUGAGCAGUUGCAACAGCAGGCAGACCAAUUACAGCAACAAUCAUCGGUAUCCGAAUUGCAACAAAUACAAAUACAAGUAGGCCAAGGAUCUCAGGCUCAGAUCCAUCAAAUAGCCGUCAGCGAACAGUCUACUGUUGUUCUUCCGACUGCAGCCGAAACUGGUGCAAUGGCUAUACUUCAUCAUCAACAGCAGCAGCAACAACAACAGCAACAACAACAGCAACAACAACAGCAACAGCAGCAACAACAACAGCAUUAGCAGCAGCAUACCGCCCCGAAUCAACCUGGGCGGUACUUCCGAUUUAAUCACCAGCAGGCUAGAGGUCGUGCAAGGCAAGGCUUUGCAAUGAAUUUCCCGCCGUUCGGAGGCCACUUUCCCGGUACUAUUCCGAGUAUCCACCAGUUCGCGACCGACGGCUCCGGCGGUGCGGGUGGGCGCUACGCUAAUCAUUUCCCCAACCAGCCUCCUAUUGGAGUGCCGGUUAUGGGAAAGUAUCGUCCUGAGAGCAACGGUGUACAGUCUGCUCAGUCGCAAGUAAUGAUGAAUAAUAAAGCGAGCUAUCCCAACAGCAAUGUUCAUCAUUAUCCAAAUGUACCAUACUCUCAAGCUCAACCGGUUCAACAGCGGCCCUCAAAUUCGCCUGGAAUGCAAGAAAAGCGUUCAUAUCAUCAGCAAGCAACAGAAACGAUAAAUCAACAAGACGUUUGCAAUCUCCUACAGGAUAAAGACAAAAAUAAGGACAAGAAAACAGAUGAACAACAGCGCAAUGGAGAAAGCACAACUAAUGGAAGCCAACAAGAUUAUACGAUGCAUCAACAUCAUCAACAGCAUGCUCAUACUCAAACUCCCGCAACUAUGCCUGCUACUUGGCAAUCUUUGGCUACCCCUGGAUCCACAGUGGCGGAUUACCUCAGUCACUUACCGGCUAGUACUUUACCACUCAGUUUGCAUCAUUUUUUAAAGUAUUCUGCAGAAAGUAUUAAAAAAGAGUCAGAAAUGGCUCAGACAACAUCGGUGGCUGUAGCAACUACAACAACACCUAAUAUCAUGAUGUCACCUAAUAAUAAGAAGAAAAAAAAGAAGAAGGCUCCAAAGGAAAAGAAACCGCGUCCAAAACCUGGUGAAAUUCGUUUAACAACAGCUUUAGAUGGUUCUACAUUGUAUUGCUGUCCAGAAUGUCACAUGGCAUACCCUGAACGUGAAUUAUUGGAACAGCAUCUACUAGGCCAUACUUUGGAACGAAGAUUUGUGUGCGAUAUUUGUGGCGCAGGUCUAAAAAGGAAGGAUCAUCUUACACGUCACAAACAGAGUCAUAAUCCAGAACGACCGUAUGUGUGUACUGUUUGCUUGAAAGCAUUCAAAAGAAAAGAACAAUUAACUUUACAUUUUGUUAUACAUUCUGGAGAAAAGCGACAUGUAUGCACAGAAUGCGGAAAAGGAUUCUAUCGCAAGGAUCAUUUAAGGAAACAUACCAGAAGCCACAUUGCAAGAAGAGUGAAAGCCGAGCUUAGUCAGAAUGCUGGUACACAGCAAAGUCAGCAACAAAACAGUGUUUCGAAUAUGCAGACUACAGCUGUUACCGCAUCGUCUGUCCUGUCUGGUGGACAUCCAGGUCCUCUCCUGUCCUGAGCCCCGCCACCAGGGAACUUUCAAGUUCCCCAUCCAAAUAACAUCCUUCAUACACAUACUUCUCAUCAUUCACUGCAUCACCAUCAUUUGACGGCGGUCAACGUGGCGCAUCAAUCAAGCGUUACACCACUCGCUACGUCCAGCCAUUAUCAAACGCACGAGCUCAGUUUUUUGGGACACGUUAAAGAUUUCUGAGAUCAGGGAAAGACCUCAGUCAAGAGGUAACACUGAAAAAAUUAUACGAGCGCUGUUAGCAGUGAAUCCUUCACUGCUUUUCAUGAUUUUGGGCUUCAAUGAGUUUUCUACAAGCAUGACAAUUAUUCAUGAUGCCGCCGACUCUCUAUGUCCUAGUACAAUAGUGCAAAAGCUGUGACGUUUUACAUAAGAUUUCAACCGUAUUCACAGUUUUAUUCCUACCUACAUUUUGGGUAUGGUUUUGACAUGUCUACACGUAGAUCUUAUCUCAAAAGUGUGCCAUAUAUAUAAUACAUAUAAUGUACAUGAUCAAAAAUAGAAAAAGGACAUGGAGGGUAUUUUCAUGCACACACGAAA